GGUAUUAAAACUGCCCGCGAGUCUUUAACGCUGCAUGGUGUGCAUGCGGCUUUGUAUGCCUUGGUAGUCGUAGAUCGGUUUUGGAGGGUUGACACCUGUAAAGAGUUUUAUUUGGUAGAGAGAAAAAGAGAGGGGUAGAAAUAGCUGCCAAUUCCAGUUACAUGGAGAUGAUUACAACAGAAGAGAUGCAUCAGGCUGACAGUCAUCAUUUGAAAGAAAGGAUUAUAAAUUUUAAUGAGACCCAGGCGAGUCUGUACAUUAAUGGGGAAGACUGUGUGCUGGGCUCGGUGGACAUUAAAGAUGAGCCUGUGGAAAUGUCUGUUAUCUCUGACACGCAAAACCGUGAAACAAUAGAAAACAUCAAGGAAGAGGACUUAAAGUCACCGUCCAUCCUUCAGUAUGGUCGUCAAGAUGGAGAUCUAACCAUAUUUGCCUCGCCUCAGGGUAGAUACUCUUCAUCUCGGGAAGUUUCCAUCAAGGUGAGGUCUGGAACAGUGCUACCUGACACACUGAAGAAGAAUGAGGCAGUCUUGUCAAGUAGAAAACGAGAUGAUCAGCCAUCAGAAAGAUCAGAGGACCGUAGCAGGCACACAUUAACUCAGGCUUCUCUUCAGCAGCGACCACAGCAAAUUCCACUUGUGGUAAAUAUGAAGAUAUCGACGUCUGGAUCUGAGAAUUUGAUACCAGCCUCUUUGGGGGUCAGUUUUUUGCCUUUCGUGAAACUAACCAGGAUAGACUCUAUCAUUUCUGAAUAUUGUGUAAAAAGUGCAAAUGUUGUGCCUUUGGAUGUGUGUCAGGAGCAACAACAAAACCUUAAGAACAUUUCUAAAUUCAAAAGUGUACCAAACGGCUUUAUGAGACGCAAGUCGCACUGUUGUUCUGAAUGUGGCAAAUUGUUCUCGAAACCGAGCCUCCUUAAGAGCCACGCAAGAGUUCACACUGGAGAGAAGCCAUUUUGUUGUUCUGAGUGUGGCAAACGAUUCUCACAUAGUAGUACUUUAUGGAACCACGGAAGAACUCACACUGGAGAGAAGCCAUAUUGCUGUUCUGAAUGUGGCAAAUGUUUUAGGAAAGCAAGUCACCUUCAAUGCCACACAAGAGUCCAUACAAGAAAGAAGCCAUAUCGCUGUUCUGAGUGUGGAAAACAAUUCUAUGAGAGUAGAGAUCUUCAAAAACACAACAGAAUUCACACUGGUGAAAAGCCAUACUCGUGUCCAGAAUGUGGCAAACACUUCUCUGAUAAGAGCAAUCUUCAGAGUCACAGGAGACGUCACACUGGAGAGAAGCCAUAUUCUUGUUCUGAAUGUGGCAAACGAUUCUUUCAAAAAUACAAUCUUCAGGUGCACGCAAGAAUUCACUCUGGAGAAAAACCAUACUGCUGCAUGGAAUGUGGUAAACUAUUUGCUGAUAAAACCAAUCUUCUAACCCAUGCCAGAAUUCAUACUGGAGAAAAGCUAUAUCAGUGUUCUGAAUGUGGUAAACAAUGGGCGAGUCGUUACCAUCUAUACAUCCACAGCAGAGUUCACACUGGAGAGAAGCCAUAUUGCUGUCCUGAAUGCGGAAGACGGUUCUCUGUCAAGAGCAGUCUUCAGACCCAUAUAAGAGUUCAUACUGGAGAGAAGCCAUAUUGUUGUUCUGACUGUGGCAAACUAUGUUCUACGGCAAGCCAUCUUCAAAGUCACGCAAGGGUGCACACUGGAGAGAAACCAUAUUGCUGUUCAGAAUGUGGCAAACGGUUCACUAAUCGGCGGAAUUUUCUUUACCAUGUAAGAAAUCAUGCCAAAUAUCUGCGGUCCCCUCACGUCACUCCUGGUCAUUUGAGUGUGACAUGUUGCUGUUCACGUGCUGUAGUGCUGCUUAACUUGACAAAGGAACACACGGCCAUUUCCUGUACAAAGAUGAAUCCAGCGGAGGAUCAGGCUGACAUAAAUUCCAUGGAGAUAAUGACUGUAGAUAUCAAGGAAGAGGAGGAUGACACUGAGUGGGAAUAUGCCCCCCCUAAACAGGAGGGUCUCUGCAUUAAGUGUGAGGACUAUGAACUGGUAAGUGUCGGCAUUAAAGAAGAGACAGAGGAGAAUCCUUUGAGCAUUGAUGUGCAGCAACAUGAAGUGGUAAAUGGUAUCAAGGAAGAUGCCAUCUACUCCCAAGCUGUCUUUCAACAUGGCCAUCAGGAUGGAGCCAGAACUGGUUUUGUCUGCUCUCGGAGUGGACCGCGUUUAUCUCAGGAGUCUCCCAUCCAUGUGAAAUCGGAAUCCUUCAUAGUGAACUUAAAGAUGAUGGAAGAAGAAUCCGGAACAGUGGAGGAUCAGCCAUCGGCUACACAACAUUUUGAACGAAACUGCUGCAGUUUCUCUUUUCCUUCAUUGGUUCAACCCUCCCUUCAGUGCAGACUAAAACAAACACCACAUGAUGGAAACAUGAAAAAAGUGACUUCUGGAUCAGAUAUUUUCAUACCCGCCUCUUUGCAGUAUAACUCACUGCCUGUUCUGCAACUGCCAUGUAUGGAUAAUACUAACAAUCCGCAAGAGGUGAAUAAUACAAGUUCACUGGCUUUGUAUCUCUGCCAAGAUCAGAGCAAAGGUUUGAAGUACAAAUCUAAAUACAAAAAUGAUCAGUGGAGUCAUCUGAGACAGAAAUCAUACGGUUGCCCUGAGUGUAGUAAAGAAUUUUUACACUUAAGCCAUCUUCAGAGACACGUAAGAAUUCACACUGGGGAAAAGCCAUAUUGCUGUUCUGAAUGCGGCAAACAAUUUUCACAAACAAGCCAUCUUCAGAGCCACAAAAGAAUUCAUACAGGAGAGAAGCCACAUCGCUGUUCUGAAUGUGGCAAAGGAUUUUUGCGAAUGACUGAGCUUCAGAUACACAAACGAACUCACACAGGAGAGAAGCCAUAUUGCUGUUCUGAAUGUGGUAAGGGAUUCUCUAAUAGAGGUAGUCUCCGGAGACAUUGUAGAGUUCAUACAGGAGAAAAACCCUAUUCCUGUCCUAAAUGUGGAAAACAAUUCUCCGACAGGGGUCAUCUUGGUAAACAUAUAAGAAUUCAUACUGGAGAGAGGCCAUUUGGUUGUUCUGAAUGUGGCAGACGCUUUUCUGUCAGGAGUCGCCUUCAAAGUCAUAUGAGAAUUCACACUGGUGAGAAGCCAUAUUGCUGUUCUGAAUGUGACAAGCAGUUUGCGGACAGGACCAGUCUUCUCAACCAUACAAGAGUUCACACUGGAGAGAAACCGUAUUGCUGUUCUGAAUGUGGCAAACUAUUUUCAAGGAUGAACAGUCUCCAGAUCCACAUAAGAACUCACACGGGAGAGAAGCCGUACAGCUGCUCUGAAUGUGGCAAACGAUUCUCUCAAAAGAGCAACCUUCAUAAACACACGAGAAUUCACACUGGAGAGAAGCCACACUGCUGUAAUGAAUGUGGAAAGCGAUUCUCUGUCCGGAACAAUCUUAAGAUUCACAAAAGAAUUCACAUUGGUGAGAAACAGUUUUGCUGUUCUGAUUGUGGGAAACGAUUCUCUCACAAGAGCAAUCUUCAGAAGCAUACAAGAAUUCACAGUCGAGCAGCAAUACAACAGGAUGCCACAACUAGCAGGUGACUUUGUUGUUGGUGCACAGUACAUACCCUUACGGGGAAUAACUCAAAAGAGAAUCGUUCUUGUGAGUGUGACAAACAGUUCUCACAGAUAAGCCAGCUUUAAAGCACUACAGAAGUUCACACUAACAAAUCUCACAGUGUUUCAUUUUAACCUGAGGAUCUGAAACUGGCAAUGUUAAGUAACCAACUCAGGCUUCAGAGAGUUGCAGAAAUUAUAGAGCUGCAUACAGGGACAGAGAGAAAUGAUGCAGUACAACUUUUACAGACACAAACUGAAAAACACCCACCUUAGGAAUAACUUCACCAACAGGCCAAGGAGAAACUGAAACUUCCUGGAGAAAUAUAGUGAACAGGCAAGAGCAAAGUAAAGAAGCAUGGUGGAGAGGGCAGCUGUGGUCAGAUAUAGAAAACAAAACCUGCCUGAAAUGGAGUGGUCUGAUGGCCUUCUGUUAACUGUUUGUAUAGGUGAUGCUGUGUUUGUCUGGAUGACUGUUCAAGGUGCAAUUCACUACUUGCUGUAGUUUGGCAUGGUCCAAAUGGCAGAAGGUUUGUAGAAUUGGACUUCCCAUCUUUAGACAACAUGCGUCCCCCUGUUGUAAACCCCAGGUUUGAAAUAUUAAUGACUCCUUCUAAACCAGUGUUAACAUCCUGUCUCUUUUGAAGGCCACCAGCCACAAGCUGUGUUUGGAACUGAACCAAUAUGUAUAUGUUUUUUUUAUUCCUUAACUUUAGAGAUGGGACUUGAAAACCAAAUGAGUGCCCCCACUAAUAAAUUAAGUGUAUUAAUAUA